AUGGAUGAUACGGAUCUUCUGUCAUACAACGGCGAUGCCGUACCACGUAAACGACGUCGGCCGGCGUUGGCGUGCGACCAAUGUCGUCGCCGGAAGGUCAAAUGCGACCAAAAAAUGCCGUGCGAUCAAUGCCAACGAUCCAAGAAUCUCUCGAUUCAUGCAUGUUCCUAUGCUCAUGUCCAUGCCGCUGUUGGCUCCUCUUCAACAGGGCCUCAUGCUAGCCUACAACCACAGCAACAAUCACAACUCUCCUCAGCUCCCCCAGCUCCCAUUAUUCCUAUCCCUCAGGUAACCCAACGUGAGAAUUGCGCGGCAUAUCCAUCGCCUUCUACGGCAAAUGUUUCUGGCUCGAGUCCACAUGUAGAUGACCAAGGAAGCGAUAUCGCCGGAUCUACUCGCAAUGCCAACCGGGACCAUCAAUCUGCGGCGACGAUUCAGGCGCUCGUGGAUAGGGUCCGCCUCUUGGAGAAGAAACUUUCAGAGUCUACGAGCACGAACUCUAUUUCUAGCUUUCCUCCACCCCGCCGCGGACCGCUAGAGGUGUUGGAUGAUCCUCAAGGUUUGCCUGCUCCCCAUCGACUUGAAGUAGAUAAUAACUCUGAGAUAUCCAGAAUGAUGGUUCGAUGUAAGACGCUGGCAAGAGCUGCAAAAAUCAGACGUCCAAUACGCCAGCUAGAUUAUCCGGACUUGAAAGACCUUGUUCCUCCACGUGAGACGGCGGACGAGCUUGUCACGGGCUAUCUUCGUACCUUUGAGUCUGUUCAUCGAAUUUUACACGUGCCCACUUUCCAGCAGGAAUAUCUUCAAUUCUGGAAUAGCCCUCAGUCUGCGAGUCAGUCUUUUGUGGUGCGCCUGCUCCUUGUAAUGGCCAUAGGCACUUGCUUCUGUCAAAGGCCCGAAGGUUCCAUUGCGCCUCGGACAACGGCAGCGCCAUGGAUCUAUGCGGCUCAGGCAUGGUUGGGGGCUCCAUCUGAGAAAUCUCGCGUCAAUAUCGCUGCCGUCCAGGUACACUGCCUUCUACUUCUAGCCCGCCAGAAUUGCGCGAUUGAUGGCGACCUAGCUUGGAUAUCGGCUGGCUCUCUACUGCGGGUAGCAAUGUAUGUUGGCCUACAUCGAGAUCCGCAAUAUCUUCCGAAGAUGCCAGUCUUUCAGGCGGAGCUACGGAGAAGACUCUGGGCUACGAUUCUGGAGAUUUUGCUCCAGUCAAGCAUGGAUGCAGGCGGGUCGCCUCUAGUUUCGCUUGAUGAUUAUGACUGCGAGCCGCCCUCCAAUAUCAACGAUCAGGAUAUGAGCCCUGAUGGGUCCACAACCGUUCCCUACGUGACGGAGGGAUUCACCAACACCAGCGUCCAAAUCGCUCUCAUAAAGUCUUUCCCAAUCAGACUCCAGAUAGCAAAAGCACUGAACGAUGUAUGCUCGGAACCUUCGUAUGAUGAAGUGCUAAGACUCAGCAGUGAGCUUAUCGCCAUCCACCGUGAUAAUUCGCAUCACCUUUUUAACACAGCCCACCCCUCUCAAGACGGAGCCACACAGCCCUCUGUCUUCCAAGUCCAAUCCGUCUCUAUUCUCACCAAUAGAUUCUUGCUUGCUCUCCACCACCCCUUCGCUGUAAAAGCAAAAACAGACCCAAAAUACUACUUCUCCCGUAAGAUAUGCAUGGAUGCCGCGCUCCACAUCCUUUCUCCAAAUAACCGCACGGACAAUGAGGAAGAUGAUGCGAAUGCCACUGUCAAUUCCAAUACCAAUACGCGCCCCUACGACAAUGACUUUGAGUGCCUAAAGCUCCACGCCGGAGGACUCAUCCGCAGCUCCAUCAUGUACGCACAAUUCGCCAUUUCCCUCGAACUCAUUUACCAACUCCAGGAAGACCGGCCAGCGCCUUUCCCGUCAAACACGUUUCCACUCUCCUCCCCAUCGUCGUUGGCCACCCAAACAUGGCGAAGAGAGCUGCACGCCGCGACGCAGAAUUACAUGCGACUCACGAUGCGCCGGAUCCAGACGGGCGAAACGAAUGUGAAGGGAUAUAUAUUCUCCUCUUGUAUCUUGGCACAGAUCAAGGCAAUGGAGGCAGGCGCGUCAGAGGUCAAUGCGUACAUUAUGGAGGCGGCGAAAGAGGCAGUGGAACAGUGUCAUACUUGGCUAAAGGAGCGAGCAAAGCUGCAGGGACGAAGUGAAGCUGAGAUGAAGGACGAUGAAGGUAAUAGUUUAAAUACGUACAACAAUAAUAAUAGUAUAUAUGGCGAUGGCGGUGGUAGCAGUGACAACGAAAGCCAGAGGAUCGAAUGGGUUGAUUUGGACUCACAGUUCCUCUUGGACAUCCCCGAUUCGUGGUUAUUUCCAGCCUUCCCCUCGGGGGAUCUGUAA